AUGGCGUCAAGUCAUUCUGCGGUGAACCCAGGAGUUACUGGACCAAGUCUCUCCGACUUUCCCGAAAACAUUCGGAACAAGAUCACUCUGCUUGAUAUUCCUGCCGUGGAAGUGCAUGCUCUCAUCGAAAAGGAAUGUCCUCAAAUGCUACAGAAAAUUGCACCAUAUGGAGCCAAUUGGAUGAGACAUGUCAUGUACAACACCAUCCCCAAGGAGAUCCGAGUCUACGCGUAUGUCCACUGUGACAUGGUCCAACCAGACUGGUACAAGAGUUAUGGCCUCACGGCUCUCCUAUUCCGUUACAACACCCACAAAGUUGAGUUGGAGCAGGAAGUAUCUGAGGAGCAGGCCCGCAGCAUGUUGUGGUUCUAUGCCCUCGUCCAAUUUUAUGCCAAAAGUUUGACUGAAAACACAAUUGAGCGACAAACAGGAAAACAUGGUAGGCCCACGUCGAGGACCGCUUCUAGGACUGAGUUGCUACGAGUCGAACGUGCCCUCUACAUACAUGAUAUUCUAUUGCAGGCGAUGACCACCAUACCCCGCCACACUAUGACUCGCAAGGAAGCCAAUGCUCCUUGGAAGAGCUUCCUAGAGAAUUUCACUGGCUGGAUGCUAUAUCAGGUGAUAACUGUGAAUAAGAUUCUCCACAAUGAUGAUGCAGCGAGGUGCAUUGCCGAUAAUGUGGAGCUGGAAAGCUCUCUCCGCUCUUUCUCUGAGAAAGAAGGUUGCAACUAUCUGUUGGAAGGAGGAUUGGCGUUCAAGCGCACAUUGGACCAAAAAUGGCAUCAUGGAGGACUGGAUGAUGAAGAAAAAUUUCGCUUCAAGUGCUGGAGGGCUGGUGGCGAGAGAAUACUUAACGCCAUUUGGGGAAAGCUAGAAAACAGCGAUCCCAAGUUCAAUAAGCAGAAAUUUUCUCCAAAUACUGACCCAAUGCUCAAAAGGAUGUAUGAUCCGUUUGUAUUCAUCGAGGAGGAUAAUGGCCCACACCGUCUCUGGUACGAGAUCGCGGAGGAACAGCCUGCUAAUCCAGAUCAAGAGAUGAGCCUCUUCUUCACCGGUUCUGGCCACCCACAAUACAUGCUCUUUAUGUGGGAUGAAGACCGGCUGCGGGACAUGGGCUACCUCUCGGGUGACGACAGUUCUUGA